UCUCAGGCCGCUGACCUGGCCCACGUCAUCACUCGCAUGCAGAACAAUGCCGACCAGGUAGAGAAGAACAUCCUGCGGACAGAGGAGCUGCUGACCGCGGAUGCAGUGAAUGAGAAGAGGGGCCAGCCCCUGAUCCACCAGAAGGGGAACGCAGACAACCUGGGAGAGGCUGAGGGUCUGAUCAAAGACCUCUUCCUGGAUGUGGACAAGGCCAAGAGGUUCCAGCAUCCCCAGGCCUCCGAGAUAGAGAAAGACGUGAACAACCUCCAUGACCGCUGGGUAAAGGACUGCGCCACCUACAGGGACCUGUACGAUCCGGUCCAAGAAGUGGACCUCGCUCCCAGAAUUGACUGGGCCGCGCUGCUGGAUGACAAACAGAGGCAGAUGAAGGUGGAGGAAUACGGCCCCGGUCUGCCCCAUGUGGAGAAGCAGAUCGCUGCCCACAACAUCCUGCAUCAGGAGAUCGAGGCCUACGCUGACCAGCUGGAUCCCAGAAAAGCCCCCUUGCAGGAGCAGUACGCUGCCGUCAAAGAGAAAUACACAAAACUUUUGGAGAGCUCCCAGGUGAGGCGCAGCAGCCUGGCCUCUCUGUACGAGUACAUGCAGAGCUGCAGCAAGGAGCUGGCCUACCUGUCCAUGGAGCAGGAGAAGAUCCUCGAGAGAGACUGGAGCGACCACAUGCUCGACCACUCCGGCGUUCGCACGGCAUAUGAGAAAUUCAAAAAGGCCGGACUCCUAGCGCACGAGAGCGAGGCGCACAAGCUGCAGGAGGAGGGAGAUGAACUCAUGGAAAGGAAACACCCCGGCGGCCCGGCGAUACAGGCUCACAGAGAGGCUGUGCAGGGCGAGUGGCAGAGCUUCCUCAACUUGUGUAUCGCACAGGAGACCCACCUGGACAACAUCGAGGACUACAAGAAGUUCCAGCUUGAAGCAGAGACCUUGUCUGACUCGCUGAAGAGACUCGAAUCUGCCGUGGACCCCAAGUUUCUGGCCAACAAAAGCAACCCUGAAGUCCUGAUGGCACUGGAGGGAGACGAGCCAGCAGUGGAGAGAAAUGAACAGCGCCUGGCUGCCCUGAAGGAGCUAAGCCACACCAUCGCCCCUCUGAAGCUGCGCCGAAUCAGACCCACCAAACCCACCGAUGUGGUGUCCCUGUGUGACUGGGCAGACCAAGAGGACUCGGUGAGGCGCGGAGAGAGGCUCACUCUUAAAUCCAACUCCGAUGACAAGAACUGGGAGGUCCAGACCAGCAGCGGGAAGCUCAAGACCCUACCUGGAGCCUGUUUCAUAAUCCCACCGCCUGAUGAGGAGGCCUUGGAGAAAGUAGACAGUCUGGACAGAGAGCUGGCGGACCUGAAGAGACGUCGGUCGGCUUUGAUGGCCUCCCUGAGGAGUCCCAGUGUGGAAGUGGUUCGCCCACAGAAAGCAGUCGCUGUAGCCAGCGCUCCGGAUGACCCCAACGCCGCAGUACUGGCUGGCCAGCUGGACAAAAUCAGAAAAAACCUGGACCAGAGCGAACGAGAAAUCCUGGGCAGGUUGAGGGACCCUCUGGAUCGCCGUAACCCUACACAAGACCUGGACAACAGGCUGAAACAGCAUGAGGUCGCCGUGCUGACUGUAAGGAACCUGGAGGCUGAAAAGUCGUCAGUCCAGAGGGAAAUGGAGCCCAUCCUGGCCAAGAAGCCUUUGGGGCCCACUGCCUCCUCCCUUCCCCUCAAACUCAGCACCGCCAACAUCAAGUUUGAAGACGUCAACACCCUCGCUGACCUUUAUAACAAGAAGGCUACAGCCGCCAUGUUCCUUGAGAGGCAGACCCAGAAGGUGGAAGGCAUUGUCUCCGGCUUCGAGAAGCGGCUGGCGAGGGAUGGCGCCAUCCUCAACACCCCCACCGCUCUGCAGACGCGCAGCCAACAGCUACAGACAAUGGGAAAGGAGGUUGCCUCAGAGCAGGAUGAGAUCUACAAACUGGGAAGGGACUUGGAGCUGACGGAGCAAGCGUGCAGCUCCUUGCAGAAAGGCUUCCAAGAGUACUGCCCUGACAUCAGCCACCAGAGGACCGAGGUGAAGAACCUGAAGAACCGUUAUGGGAAUGUCAGCAACCGACUGCAGGAAAGGUCGACUCUAAUCCAGGAGGCAGCCAAUAAAAAUCAAGGAUUCCAGAGUGCCGUUCAGUCCCUAAAUGUCUUCCUGGUUAAUGUGCCAAAUAAUAAGAUUAAACCCACCGAUGCUGUGGCUCAGAUAACCACCAAGCAGAACUCCCAGAAGAGAGUGGUGGAGGACAUCAAGAGGAAAUCUGAUGAUUUAGACCGAGUCAAGGAUCUCUCCCUUGAUCUGCAGAAAGUCCUAAAUGAAUAUGAAAUCCAAUCAAACAAGUAUCGGGGUACAUUGAAAGAUGAUGAUUAUGAUGAUGAUGAUGACAACAACGAUGAACCUGUGAAAUAUACCUCCAAAAUGGCUUAUGCUGUACAAAAAAAGGAGAGAGAUAUCCAGAACCUUUACUCUGAGGUGGCUGCAGAGAAUGACCAACUACUCAGCCAGAUGGGAAUGGCUAAGAACAUCAUGGCAAACAAUGAAGCGAGGGCUAGCCAGGUAGUGGUCAAACAGCAGCUGCAGCUACAGAGCCAGCAGAAGAGCAUGGAGGAGACUGAUGGACUGAAGACAGAACUAAGUGAGGAGGUUUCCAGGCGCUUACAUGCUGAGAAUGACCUGGACACAUACAGGAAGAGAUUCAUGUCUCUGAAGAGCAGACGAGGUGUGGAGAGGGUGGAGGAGAAGGAAGUGGUGCAAUACUACCGUGAUCCUAAACUGGAGGUUGAAUUAGAGUCUUUGAAGAAUAAGAUCCAAAAUGAGUCGGCGAAGAGGUCUAGCAAGCAUUCUGAGCUAGAGCUCAUCAAUGAGAAGAUUGUCAAACUGGAAAUGGAGCUGAGCAGAAUUGAGCCUAAACUGGUGACCAAGGUCCUGACUGAGUAUGAGAGAGAUCCCCAGCUGGAUAAGGAAGCUGGGAGGAUCAGAGAGGAAAUGCAAAGACUAAGGCGGGAGCUCCAAACACGAGAUACAGAGACAGUCCACAUGAAAACUGAGAUAAAUGUUUUGGCACAGAAGAAGCCAAGAAUUACAGAAAAGGUGGUAAAAAAGGAAGUGGUAAGGCUUGAGAAGAAUCCAGAGAUGCUUAAAGCUGUUCUCACAUUCCAGAAUGAAAUAUUGGACGAGGAGUCUCGAUGCAAGUCCCUCAAUGAUGACAUUUUCAGCACAAGGAGCCAAAUAAACACAUUAGAGAGAGUUAUUCCCACCAUCCAGCCCAAGAUAGUCACCAAAGUGUUGAAAAAAGUAGAGCAAGACCCAGACCUGCUUGAAGAGUCAAAGAAACUUCAGUUCAGUUUGGAGGAAGAGAAGGAUGAAAAUGUUAUCUUAAUGAAAGACCUGACCACCCUUCAGCUACGUUAUGGUGAAGUUGAGAAGUUCAAGCCAAAAGUGCAGGUCAAUGAGAUUGUCAAUGAGAUUUAUAGAGUUGAUCCUGAGACAGAGGUAGAGUUGGUACGGCUUAGGAAAGAGCUGCAGGACUGCAGCCGAAACCAUGCGGACAUCAAGAAAGAACUCAAUGUGGUGAUAACGAAUCUGGACACUCUUCGUUCCCAGAAACCCAAGGUGGAGUAUAAGGAGGUGACUCAGGAGGUAGUAAGAGAGGAGAAAAGCCCAGAGGUUAUCAGGGAAUUGCAGAGACUGAACCACCAGGUCUCUCGCCUUCAGGUUAACCUUGACUCCACAUUAGAACUGCUGAGACGCCUGCAUAAAGAGAGGGAUGAGUUGAAAGUUGAAAAAUCCAAGGUGGAAACAAAACUGGUAACCAAAGAGGUGGUCAAGUAUGAGAAUGAUCCACUGCUGGAGAAGGAAGCUGACAGACUUAGAAGAGAUGUGAGAGAGGAGAUUCAUCAGCGGCGCAGUGUGGAGGAGGCACUCUUUGACCUUCAGAACAAAUAUAUUGUCCUUGAGAGGCAGAAACCAGAAGAGAAGAUUGUAAAGCGGGAAGUGGUGCGUAUUGAGAAGGACCCCAAGCAGAUGCUAGAGCAUGACAGGUUGAACAAGACCCUCGAUGAAGAACUAAAAAGCCGCAGAAAGCUGGAAUUAGAGGUUAGACAACUCAGAGCUCUGGUUGAAGAAAAGGAGAGUACCCUGGCUCAGAUGGAUGAUCGUCAGAAAAAGUUUCAAGUAGAGACAGAGCUUAGGCAGAUCAAAUCUCGCGUUCUUGAAUUUGAAAGUGCUCCACCACCAGUUGAGGAGAACAUCAUCAUCGAGGAGGUACUCAAAGUGGAGAGAGAUCCCAAGCUGGAGAAACUAACUAAUGAUUUACGUGUGAACAUGGAGACAGAGAGCAACAAUAUCAGCCACCUACAGAGAGAAAUCAUCAAUCUUAAGAUGAAGUUGGAAAUUUUGCAAAGAGAGAAGACCAUGGAAAGGGUUGUUUACAAAGAGAUUGUCCGUGUGGAGAAAGACCCUGUGGUUGAGGCUGAGAGGGGUCACCUUAGAGAACUUGUAACGCAGGAAAGAAAUUUCAGGAGGAAUCAGGAAGAUGAUAUUCAGAACCUCAAAACUAAAAGUUCUCGACUGCAGAUGACUCUGUCCACCACCUCUCAGGAGGAGACCGCUCUCACUCUCAAUUGCAAUGCUCUCCAGAAAGAGAAGGAGAAUCUCCUCAGAGAGCUCAAGACCCUAGAGUCUGAGAGAGAGAAAAUCAGUAUUACCUUCCAGCAGCAGUCUAAGCUUAUGAGCGAGCGAAAUCAGUUGAGUCGGCAAAGGAGUCUCAAGCUGGAGUCUGAUGUGCAUCGUUUGGAGAGAGACAUCCAGAAUGAAAAAGACACAAUACAAAAAAAGGAGACUCUCAUUGCAGAGCUGCAGAAUAAUCUGAAGAAAGAGGAACACUCUGAGACUCACACCAGAGAGACAAACGUCUCCACAAAGAUCACCAUCCUCGAUCCAGAGACAGGUAAAGAUAUGUCUCCCUAUGAUGCCUAUCUGCAGGGCCUGAUUGACCGCAAUCAGUACAUUCACCUCCAGGAGCUGGAGUGUAACUGGGAAGAGAUUACUUCAAUGGGUCCAGAUGGGGAGACUUCAGUCCUGCAGGAUCGCAAGAGUGGGAAGCAGUUCUCUGUCAAGGAUGCUCUGGGGGAUGGUCGCUUGACCCAGUAUGACUUGCAGCUCUACAAGAGUGGAAAAAUGCCUAUCUCUGAAUUUGCUCUACUAGUGGCUGGGGAAACCAAAAAGCCCUACAUUCCUUUAACUAAAACCCCAAGGUCACCCACCAAAGCCAACCCAACCUCUCCUUUGAACUCCAUGCCAUCGUCAUUAAGAGCCUCCUACCCUAGUCUCAGUACUUACAAUAAUAGCAAUUUAACCAAAACUUACAAUAGUGGGAGUUUGACCAACCUGACUACUUCAGUGGGUGAUGAGUUGUACCCCAUCUGUGGUGUUUUUGAUAUCACAACUGAAAGCCGCAUGUCUGUGAGAAGUGCACUUACUCGCAAACUCAUUGAUGCAGACACAGCUUUAAAGCUCCUGGAAGCCCAGGCAGCCUCAGGUGGCAUUGCUGACCUCAGCAAAAAAGACAAAUUGUCGGUUCACAAGGCAGCUCAGCACAGUCUCAUUGAUAAGAGCCAUAUGCAUAAGCUCCUUAACGCUCAGAAGGCCUUCACUGGAGUAGAGGAUCCUGUGACUAAGGAACGUCUCUCAGUGGGGAAAGCAGCAGAGAAAGGCUGGAUUCCCCAUGAUAAUGCCAUGAGAUACAUGGAAGUUCAGUGCCUGACUGGAGGGCUGGUGAAUCCCAGCAAAGUAGGCCGCAUAAGUAUCGCCGAAGCUCUAAACAGCAAGAUGAUCGACAGCGCGACUGCUAAAGACCUGCAAGAUGUGUCUUCCUAUGCAAAAGAGCUGGUUGACCCCAUUACUAAAGAGAAAAUUUCAUACAAGCAGGCAAUGGAUCGCUGUAGGCGAGACAUCAUCACGGGGCUCUUACUGCUUCCUGUAGCCUCCACCGAUGCCUCAAAUGCUCCAUCGUACUCAAACUAUCGGUUCAGCGCCCCCCACAGCCAAGUCUAGACCUGUGCUGUUGAAGAAAUACCACAAAUAAUUUGCCACAGUGUCCGGUGCUAAAAGUUAUCUGAAAUAAAAUGAAAUGAUAAAUUCGUGUCAAGAAAAAAAAAUGGAAAUGUAAUAUUUUCAUAUGUUUACAUUAACUUUUAAAACAUCAUUACGCUGUUUUUUUUGGGUUACAUUGUAAAUGCUUAUCUUUUCUUUUACAGUGAUUUGUAGGAACUGCUAUGAAAAUGACAUGAGAUGUUUAAAUAUGAAUGGAUUUACAUGUUGGUUUUCCAGUAUUCUUGAUCUAAUUCCAAUAUGCAUACUAACCGAUAAGACUCAUUAAACAACUGAA